AUGCAGUUCUUCAGUAUCCUUACCAUCUCUGCUUUCAUUGCUAUGGCCACCGCUGCUGCCAUUCCAGCUCCCGAAGCUGCUCCCGCCCCGGCUCCCGUUGCGGAACCCUUGAACAUUGGAAAUUUGCUCAAGGAUGCGAAGAAUGUCGCUGGACUAUUUGACGACUACGAGGAAUAUGAGGACGACCAGGACAACAGCAACUAA